CCAAACAAAGAAAUCUUGAUGCUGAGAAGAGUAUUCCGACGGGUUAGAUAUACGAGUUUGGUUGUCUCCAAACAACAGAAACAAAAAAAAGUGAAAGGGGAAUCAACCCGAGCAAAUCUAACCCGUAAAUACUCACUUUUUUUGUUCAGAGAAAUUGUGCCCUAAUUUGCCAUGAAAUAAUUUGUUCACAUGAUCCGCGUGAAUUCAAAUGCCAAUCUUCGGCCUUGAUCCUGAAUUUAUGAGUUUUGUUAACCUAGAAAAGGAAAUAAAAUAAGAAUUAAACCCUGCUACGCAAUCAUCAAUGUGAAAGAGAAGACGACGAAGAAGAAGAAGAAGAAGAAUCGGAAUCGGUAAACGCGCGAUCGUGAUGGUUGAUUUCGAGGUGGAGAAUUCGAGGUGGACGUGGGAAGAAGACAAGCAAUUCGAGAACAGUUUGGUGGAAUUCCCCGAAAAUUUCCCCAAUCGGUGGGCGAAAAUCGCGGCCAGGCUUGGGACCAAGUCUGCGGCGGAAGUCGAGCGACACUACGCCGUUUUGCUGGACGACGUGACGGCGAUCGAGGCAGGGCUGAUUCCGUCGCCGGAAUAUGCUGAUACGAGUUUAUCCCGAUCGACGGAACCCCAAAAAUGCCCUAAACCGGAGAAGAAGCAAAUCGGCCCACAGAGAAAAGCCGGCAGACCGUGGACCGAAGAGGAACAUAGGUUGUUUCUUCUUGGUUUGGAGAAGUAUGGGAAAGGAGAUUGGAAAAGCAUCUCAAGAUACGUUGUGCUAACAAGAAACGCGACGCAAGUUGCGAGUCAUGCCCAAAAGCACUACGAGCGUCAAGAGAAGGAAGAGCAGAAUAAGAAACGACGAAGCAUUUUUGAUACGUCGAAUGUUUCUGCUGUCUGAUUCUUCUGCAAACAAUUCGACACGAACUUUAGGACUAGGAAAGUAAAUGUCUUUUUCCCCCCCUCUCUCUCUCUCUUGCUCUCGUAUCUGGUAUUUGAUGCUAAUUAUUUUGGACUAGUUUUAAUGAAGUUAACUUAAGCUCUAGCAAUGGGAUUUCAGUAGUUGUUGAAGCUCUGUUGUUUUUUCA